AUGGCCUGUGUGAAAAAAGUUAACGAAGCAAAAAAACACAGUGAUGAGCUGGAUAAGCAGCUGAAAAUAUGGCACAGAAAGUAUGAAAAAAUAGUGAAGUUAUUACUUCUUGGAACUGGAGAGUCUGGUAAAACAACAAUUUUAAAGCAGAUGAAAAUUCUUCACAUCUCGGGAUAUACUGUGAGUGAGCGACGUGAAAAAGUAGCGGAAAUUCUGCAGAAUGUUCACGAAUCAAUUUAUGACAUCGUGAGAAACAUGAGGCUCUUGAAUCCACCACUGGAUCUGGAAAAUUCGAACAACGAAAAGAGUUUAAAAUAUAUAGUACAACUUGGUCCUGAUGGCCCAUCUACUUUUUCUGAGGAAUACUUCCAACACGUUGAAGCUUUGUGGAAAGACCGCGGUGUCCAGAUGAGCUACCGCCGAUCAAACGAAUACCAGCUUAUCGACAGCGCAAAAUACUUUCUUGAUCAGCUGGAAACUCUGAAGCGGCCUGACUACGUCCCUAGCGACCAGGAUAUUCUUCGCAGCCGUAAAACGACUACGGAGAUCCAGAAAAUAGAAUUCUCCCUGAAAAUUCCGAAAAGGUAUGGUGGGGGAUCUCAGACAUUUUGGAUGUUUGACGUCGGCGGACAGCGAGGGGCAAGAAAAAAAUGGAUACAGGUUUUCGACGGUAUUCGAUCAGUACUGUUCCUUGUCGCAUGUAGUGACUUUGAUCAAACUUUGCGUGAGCAGACAUCUACUAAUCGGCUGAAGGAAGCUUUGAUUCUGUUCGAGAACAUGUGGUACAGCAGGUUUCUGCAAGAAUCAGGAAUUAUACUGUUUCUGAAUAAGCAAGAUGUGCUAAUGGAGAAGAUAAAGCAGGGGAAGAGCAUUAGACAAAAUUUCCCUGAAUAUGACAGCUAUAUAAUGAAUCCUAAAGAUGGCCGUUCUGAUGAUGAGUACCUUCGGACAAGAUCUUUUAUCAGAGACCUUUUCCUUGGAAUUACAACCAAAAAAACACCUGCACAUCAUGAAUAUGUUGUAUUCCAUAGAGUCUCAUUACCUGUAGAGGACGUUAUUAGGAAGAGAGGUUUCUACUACCAUUUUACAACAGCUACAGAUACUAACAACAUAAAAAUGGUGUUUGAAGAUGUCCAUUCAAUGAUAUUAGCUGAAAAUUUGAGUGUUGCUGGACUAGAGUAA